AUGGCCGGCCACGAGCGAAUCACCUCCGUCAAGAGCAACAGACAUCGCUAUGCUUCAUCAAAUGUGCUAUUCAGCUCUGGCACCAGCACCCCGGUCCGUCGAAGGCCAAUUGAUUCCGAUGAUUCAAUUCCACAGUCAUUGCUUCCGACUGUCUUGCAAGAUACUGCAGACCCUAGUCGAACAAGUGAACGCGAGGCUUACCUUCUCAAAGUCUGUCGUGCUCUUAUGGCCUAUGGAGCACCGACUCAUCGACUUGAAGAGUACAUGUACAUGACAGCAGAAGUCAUUGGCCUUCGAUUGGAAUCAUUCUAUUUGCCAGGGAUCAUGAUCAUCUCCUUUAACAACACAAUCUGGCGAAGCACAGAAGUACACAUUGUCAAGACAUCACAGGCUCUAAACUUGUCGAAACUGUACGACUCACAUGAGGUGUACAAGAAUGUCAUCCAUGACAAGAUGACCAUCCGAGACGCCAUCACACGACUCGACGAAAUCACAACGAGCAAAGACAAGUAUCCUCGUUGGUUGUGUGUCAUCAUGUUUGGUCUUGCCUCUGCAUGCAUUGGACCAGUGUCAUAUGGUGCGAGACCUGUGGAUCUACCCAUCAUCUUCAUCUUCGGAUCCUUACUUGGAUUCAUGCAGCUGGUCAUGGCUGAGAACUCAGAGUUGUACGCUCACGUUUACGAAGUGUCAGCAGCUAUUCUGAUGACUUUUCUCUCUCGCGCUAUCGGCUCGAUCAAUUAUGGUGGCGGCCGCUUAUUCUGUUUCUCUGCCAUAUCACAGGCAUCUCUGGUAUUGAUUCUGCCUGGGUUCAUCAUCACCAACAGUGCACUGGAGUUGCAAUCGAAGAACAUUAUCUCUGGAGCCGUGCGAAUGGUGUACGGCAUCAUCUUUGUCUUGUUCCUUGCUUUUGGCUUUACUGUUGGAAGCACAUUGUAUGGUGCAUUCGACGGCAAUGCGACUUCUGCGACAACUUGCGAAGCGCCAUGGCCGUUUUGGUGGCAGGUCACUUUCGUCGUCCCCUUCACAUUCUGCUACAUCAUCAUCAACCAAGGCAAAUGGAAAAAGGUUCCAGCAAUGUUGGUCUUAUCCAUGAUCGGAUGGCUUGUCAACUAUUACGCCGCUCAGGGAUUCUCAAAAAGGACGCGCAUCUCCAAGGGCUUCGGUUCAAAUAUCCAGCUGGCUCAAAUGCUCGGAGCUCUUGCAAUUGGACUCGUCGCCAACCUUUAUUCGCGUCUUGGUCAGGGUCUUGCUGUUGCGUUGCUACAUCCUGCUAUCUUCAUUCAAGUGCCUGGAAGUUUUGCAGCAUCUGGCAGUUUGAUCAAUGCAGUUGCCAAUGCUGAUCUGCUCACGAAGCAUGGGUCUAGGAUGUCGAAUGAUGCGCAGAACAACAGCUUGUUGACGAAUGCUGGUCUUGCUAUGAUUGAGAUUGCCAUUGGUAUCACGGUUGGUAUAUCUGUCAGUGCGCUUUUGGUAUAUCCCAUACGGAAGAAGAAGAGAAGUGGCUUGUUCAGCUUCUGA